AUCUAACCGAUAUCUUACGGAACAGGUUAAGAAUGUGUCAUUUGGGUUUCUCUGGACACAUGUCCAGAUCUCACCCUUCUGUCUACCCAGUGCCUGGUGUGAUUUCGUCUGACCGCUGGGACAUUUGCUACCUCGUCUGACCGCUGGGACAUUUGAUACCUCGUCUGACCGCUGGGACAUUUGAUGCCUCCUCUGACCGCUGGGACAUUCGAUGCCUUCUCUAACCGCCUAGACAUCUGAUGCUUCCAAUAACCACUGGGACAUCUGAUGCCUCGUCUUGCCAUUUGGACACUAAUUUUGAUACCUCGUCUGACCGCUGGGACACUUGGUACCUCGUAUGGCGUCUGGGACAUUUAAUACCUCGUCUGACCGAUUGGAUAAGUAAAAUCUGUCUAUAUUGCAUUACAUCAGGAACAAGUGCGAGGGUAUUCAUCUGUGAGACGACAGUUCGUAUUUCCCGCAAGGGAAUGGUAAGGAAAAGCCAUUGAAUGCUGCAUGUGACGGUGCAGCAUCACUAUCAGAACUGAUCACAAGGUUCUGUAGAACUAGUUACACAACACAUACACCAGAGUGAUACACACGCCACAGAAAGACACGGGCAUACUUCGAUCAUGUCUGAACACAAGACUGUACGUUGGAAGGGAUUAUCAACCAACAAGACUAAGCACAAGCCGCGGUUCAAGAAACUGUGCCGGUUCAUCGUUCUGUUGUUCAGAACAUGGCGCAUUCACUCGCACAAAGUGAAGGAGGUGUUGAACUUUUAUCAGACGUUAAAUCUUAUUGCGGACACUUCUGUAAACAAGAACUUGUUGUUUGACAUCACAGAGUACCGGACAACAAAAGAGGCGAAAACAUCCUCGGAGGUGAAGCGGAUACUGCAGAAGCGGGUCGGGGAGAGGACAACAGACGAGCUGCACUUCGUCCAGAUAGCCCUCAGGAAGUACAAGUCUUUAGCAGAGUAUCCUGUUCGCAUGCAGAGGGGCAUCGCCUAUAGGGCGUGGUACCAGAGGUUUGACGCCAAACGUGUGAUUAUACGGGAAGGACACGUGCCGAUGAUGUACUACUUCAUCCUGUCUGGUUCAGAUGGAAUAUUGCUGAGUGCGGUGUUAAACAACAAACAAACCAAUCAACCAGCGUGCCCUGGCGGGGACGACGAUAAACGUAACCUUCACAUACAUAUACUAACUGCUGGAGCCUGUCCUCUUCAUCUGGUGCUGUCCUUCUCAGUGGUUGUGACGGUGAUGGACAUGGAGUCGAGCCAGGAACGCACUGUCCUGUUCUUGGGUCGGGGGGACUGUUUCGGGGACGAUGCCAUCAUCAACAAAUGUCACCGGUGCGCCACCGUCAUCUCAAAGGAGGUCAUCGAGCUGUUGGUGCUCACUGAUGAGGACUUCGUCAACAUCUUCAUGUCGGGUGGACUAACUAGUGUCACCGAGGUAUUCCUGAAGGGCAUAUCCUGUCUGGACGGUUGGCCCCAGAAACUUCUCCAUGACAGUCCGAAGAAAGCAAUUCUCAACUACUUCAAGAGAGGUACGGUAAUCGUGAAGGACAGUAAAGACAGCGAGUGGAUCGUCAUAGUGAAGUCGGGUAGCUGCAACCUGCUGAAGAAGUUGCGGAAGGUGAACCCACGGAGAAGGAUCAACGCCACCAUAGAGAACUGGAGGGAGAAGAGGGUGACAGGGCUGCGCAGUGAGGCCUAUCUCAGCCACGAGGAAAGACUACAAAUCUCCUACCAGCAACAGAUCCAACACCUGCAGCAAAUCAAUCAGCGCAUGCGCUUCAACGCACUUCCGGAGAUAAACGUUGCCGUCAGCGAAGAGUACAAAGAGAUGAAGAAACUAUACGCAGAUGAUCGCCACGACAGCGUCUCCGAUGAACAGCCGACGUUCCUGAUCACGGCUGACCAGGGUCUCGCGCCGCUGGACACGAGGAACACUACCGGGACUUCUGUCGGGACUUCAGCCGGGACAGAGAAUAUGGCGCCUCUCAACGAGGGGACUCAAGAAGGGGCUAUCAAGAAGAAGACACCAGUGGUUUCCAAAUCAAGACUAAACUCAAGAGGUAAAAGGGAUCGAGGUGACCAGAGAGCGUGGACAGCUCAGCCGCGUGGUCAGCGCCGGUCAUCCGUCACUUUCCCGGACACACAGGACUAUAAGGGCCGGGCCAGUUCGGCGGGGGACUCGCACGUGUUCAUCAACGUCCAGACGCUCACCAAGGGGUCUGUGUUUGGCAUAUCCGACCUGUUCUACAAGGACCAGCCUAACUUCGCCCUGACCAGCAAUGGCGUGGAGUGUCUGCUGAUCAACAAGAAGUUCUUCCUGGACAAUGCUUCUAACGACUUCAUGGUCAAACUCAGGGAUGAGACACUGCCUUACCCAAGCGAGGAAGAUUUACAGCGCCACCUAGAGGAGCGCGUGAUCUGGGAUCACCACAAAAAGCAGACGGUAUCCAAUGUACUCCGCGAGAUUCACGCGAGAAGACCUGGCCGGUACUUUCAACGUGUGGACAGAAACGCUGGUUUUACCUACUAGAAUGAACUCAAGAAAACCAUGAUCAAUAAAUGUACAUUGUACCUAUA